AUGUUUCUGUUCAAAAGCAGACAACCGAAACACAAGCAGACAAAUCUGAGCGAGGUAAAAACGGUAAGUGCGAUUGAUCCUUCCGAACGAUGCAAAAUUUGUUACAUGUACAACAACCCGAUAGAUUCAACAUGCGACUUAAUAUCACCAUGCGGAUGUAAGGGGAGCAUCAAGUACGUGCACAAGACGUGUCUCCGGCUGUGGCGGUUCAAGGGCAAGAACCUGCGGGAGAUAAAAACGUGCGAGCAGUGUUUCUGCGAGUACAGGGUGGACGAGGACCUUAUGCCAAACAAGAUUGUGGUGCAGAUGAUCACCGUGGUUGCUACGGUGUUUCUGUUCGUUUUCUUCCAUUUUGCGAUCAACAUCGUUGUCGAGUCCCUGUCUUUUAUAAUUGACGAGAUUUUCUUCAACAGCAAGCACUUUCAUGAGCCGUGCUAUGAGCGGCUCAGCUAUGCAUUUAACGGGCGUGAGUACGCCAACGGUGCAAUGACGCGUGAGAGUGAUGGUGCGCCCGCGAAUGACACGUUCAUCAUUGGCAACAAGAAAUUUUAUCUCACAGGAAAGGACACGCUUCUCAAGCUCUCGUUCAUGGAAACAUCUGUGAUAGUGCUCAUUUUCUACCAGGUACUCUUCAACUACGGCCUCGUGAGCACGAUCAAUUUGUUCUUUACCCUUUGGCGCAUCGUAAACUUCGAAUACAAGAUUGAUUAUUUCUUCCUGUUCGUGAUUUGUAUUUACUACUUCAAAAAGCUUUACAGGGCCUUGUACCUGCAGAUUGAUCACAUAUCGUAUUUUGUUAUGAACUCAAAUAAUUUCUAA